AUGGCGAAUCGUUACUCUACAUACUCGAACACCUCCUCAGCUGUAGGAGGGCCUCGGACAGCCCCUCAGCAUUCCACGCAGGUCUCGACGACAACGCUGUUGAACUCUCUUCACGCCAUCUAUACGUCUGGGCAGACCUAUCAACUCGAUGUUAGCACGAGCCUAUCCGUAAACACUUGGCUGACCGCAAUCAACCCUGACGCUCAGGGAAGGACCGGCGGGACAGUAGAUGUCGAGAUUGCCAGUCGAGCUUGGGAACAUGCCAGAAGACGUGCUGAGGAUGCAUGUAUCAUUCUCGGCUCGCUUCAUCCUUCGACACCGUCUUUACUCACGUCGUUCCUUCAACUGGUGCCCCUCGAGACUCCUUCAAUCACAUUUACGGCCCUCAACGCGCUCCGACCGUUUCUGCAUUGCAUCACGCCUCAAAAUGCAUCUACCGGACGGCAUUCUUCCCUGGCUGUCAGCUAUAAUGUCACUCUUGUAGGGAAGGUGAACUCGGUUUCCCUGGCACUUUCAACUUCCGGUAUUGAUGUGGGCAAAGGACUUACCAACAUUCCGGCAGAGCAAGGCUACCGAGCCUUCGAUGUCUUCUACUACCUUUUGUCCUCUGCCUCAACACCUGCCGAACGCGAGUUCCUCGGCUUGAAGCACGCAUCUAAAUAUACUCUGCUCAGCAAAUCGGGCACUUACGACCCACCAUCAUAUCUUCCCACAGCCGAUGAUGCCGCAGCCGCUGAAGACAUGCGUUCUGCAUUGAAGGCCAUUGGAAUCAGAGGUGCCGCCUUCCGUGGGCUUCUCUCGUCGCUCGCCGGCCUGCUGAAGCUAGGGGAGACAACUGGCUUUUUGCUCGAUUCGGAUGCUUUGGAAGAGAUUUGUGAAGAUGUCGGAGGGCUUAUUGGCUUGGAACCUGAAGUCUUGUCUCAAAGCUGCAACACCAAAGACCGCGAGGUCUUCAUCGCUGGCAUGUAUGAAGCCUUGGUUGACUGGGUUCUCUCCAAGGCCAAUGAGGCAAUUGCUCAGGAACUUCGUGCAGGUGCAGGUACUCCUGACUCGGCUUCCCAGCCUGGUGACGAGGUCAGCUUGACUGUUAUCGAGAUUCCAGGCGAGGCAUUGGGAAAGGCUGUGGCAUUCCGAAACAUUUUCGAUGACACUACGGGUAUCAACUCUGAGAUGAAGGACGAUGGCGUCGAAAUUGUCACCGCGGGUCAUUCGGUUCUCAAGGAAAUGCAAGCCGCCGUGGCUGAAGUGGAGGCCGAUCUGGGCAUCACGGGAGGUCCCGCUGCCCGCGAACGCGACCACGACCGCGAUCAGCGUCAGGGCGUUCUCGAAAAGAUUGGGGCCGAAGCCGAGGCUGGCGGGUUUCUCAGAACUUUGCUCUACCCAGUUGAAGCCGAAGGUAUGAGCUUCGGCGUCAAGGGUCGCUUCGAUCUAGCGACUUCGCUCGCGAGUAGCAGAAUCUGGUACCAGCUUUCUCUGCAUCCGACUGACGAUGCGCCGAGCUCUUUGGCCAACAUCUCCUCCUCAACUGCUGCUUGGUCGGCAGGAGCGGUCUCUCGACAGCUCAGGGCAUGGAGAUUACCCGAGUGGGCCAAUCGUCGCAACAAGCAUAUCGACUUCACUGCAGACUUCGAUGUGGACGAGUUUGUAACACGUUAUUCAAGGCUGGGCUGCCAAGAAGGCACAGAUGGCGUGGAGAACUUCAUCCUUGAGCGUGGCUGGACCAAUGGCGAAGUCGUCAUUGGCAAGGAGCGUGUCUGGAUGAGGGAAGCUGCCUGGUGGGAAGCCGAAUCCAUGCUAGACCUCAAGCCCGAAGAGGCGGGUUACGAAACAGCCAACCCGUUUGCCACAGGAUAUUCUUCCAACCCUCCGAACAAUGCCAGUGGCUUCUUCCCUCCUAUGGAUACCAUGAGCGUCGAGGACAGUCGCGAGAAUCUGCUCAUGCCCAACGAUCGAGCCAGAUCUGUCGCCCCAACGAUGGCACGAACGGUACAUACAGUUGGAGGCGACUAUGGUUUGGGGCCCAAGGGUGACGACCAUAAAGAUCAGACUCUAUACUACGAUCCUGACCUUGGUCGAUAUGUCGGCGAGUUAGAUCCAGAGUUUGGCGACCCACGAGACAUUCAGACCAAGAGGACCACUUUUGGCCGCCAGAUGUGGGUGUCUCUUGUCUGGGCUGUUACGUUUUGGAUCCCUUCCGUGCUCCUGAGGUUCGUCGGUCGGAUGAAGAGGCCUGAUGUGCGUCUAGCAUGGCGUGAAAAGGUCGUGCUCGUGCUACUAAUUUUCCUGAUGAAUGCUACCAUCAUCUUCUACAUCAUUUUCUUCGGCAAGCUGUUGUGUCCGAAUAUGGACAAGGCCUGGAAUGCAAGGGAAGUUGGCUACCACCAAGGCGAAGACGACUUCUACGUCAGCAUACACGGCAAGGUUUACGACAUCACAAAGUUCGCUCGGGAACAACACAGUGACACCGAUAUCAAGACUACCCGGGACGCGAUGAUGCCAUUCGCUGGCCAGAAUCUCGACGUCUACUUCCCGCCUCCACUGAACCUAGCUUGCCCUGGACUCGUGGAUGACGAUACUGUGGUGCUGCAGCACAAUGCGUCAGACGCUGUUGAGAACCCAAAUGCUAUCCACACAUCUGGCAAUCUCCAACCAAAUCCGACAAGUAAACUGCGAAGCCAGAACUGGUACGAUCAAACCUUCUUGCCUGCUAUCGAGGAAUACUACAAGGGAGACCUGGUUGUCUCAAUCGGUAGUAUCAAGAAGGAAGCAAAGGAAGACAAUCGUCAGUGGAUCAGGAUUGACGAAAAGAUCUAUGACUUGACCGACUACUUCUAUACCCUGGGCGUCAUGGAUAACUACAACACGUAUGAGUUCUUUCCUGAGGAUGUCACCGACAUUGUACAGCAAAAUCCCGGUGAAAAUGUUGCGAGUCUCUGGGGCUCCAGUGUGCCUUUCCAGAACAGCCUCAACUGUAUGAACAACGCAUUCUACGUUGGCAGAACGGACUUUCGUGACGAGCCCAAGUGCCAAGUCAACGAUUACAUCCUGCUUGCCUUUAUGGUCAUUCUCUGUACAGUUAUUGGUGCCAAAUUCUUGGCCGCACUGCAGUUUGGUUCAAAGCGCCGUCCCGCUCCUCAGGACAAGUUUGUCAUUUGUCAAGUUCCUGCCUAUACUGAAGGCGAAGACCAUCUCAGGAAGUCACUAGAUUCCCUUACCGCUCUGCAAUACGACAAUAAGAGGAAGCUUAUAUUCGUUGUAUGCGACGGCAUGAUUGUCGGUGGUGGUAACGACAGACCUACACCCAAGAUCGUCCUUGACAUCCUUGGAGUUGACCCCAAGAUCGAUCCCCCCGCUCUACCCUUCAGGUCUAUCGGCAACGGGAACGAGCAGCUCAACUAUGGAAAGGUUUACUCGGGUCUCUACGAGUACGAAGGGAACGUUGUUCCUUACAUUGUGGUUGUCAAGGUUGGCAAAGAGUCUGAGCAAACCAAAUCCAAACCCGGCAACCGUGGGAAGCGUGACUCUCAGAUCCUUCUGCUCCAGUUCCUGAACCGCGUCCAUCACCGCAGCCCAAUGUCACCUCUCGAACUCGAGAUGUUUCAUCAAAUCAAUAACAUUAUUGGUGUUGAUCCGGAACUGUACGAGUACCUUUUGAUGGUUGAUGCCGAUACCAUGGUCAAAGAGGACUCCUUGAACCGCCUGGUUGCUUCUUGUGCCAACAACACAAGGAUCGCUGGCAUCUGUGGUGAGACCAGUCUUGAGAACGAGGACCGAAGUUGGUGGACAAUGAUUCAAGUUUACGAGUACUACAUCUCCCAUCAUUUGGCCAAGGCUUUCGAAUCCCUCUUUGGCAGUGUCACCUGUCUUCCCGGAUGUUUCUGCAUGUACCGACUACGAACCGCCGACAAAGGACGCCCACUUAUCAUCUCCGACAAAGUGGUGGGUGAGUACUCCGAUUGCGAGGUCGACACGCUUCACAAGAAGAAUCUGCUGUCUCUUGGUGAAGAUCGUUACCUCACCACCCUGAUGAUGAAGCACUUCCCCGGCAUGUCGUACAAAUUCGUUCCCGACGCUUAUGCCCAAACAGCAGCACCCGAGAGUUGGUCUGUUCUCCUCUCCCAGCGACGACGAUGGAUCAACUCAACCAUUCACAACUUGGCCGAACUCGUCUGGAUCAAGGAACUCUGCGGCUUCUGCUGCUUCUCGAUGCGUUUCGUUGUCUUCAUUGAUCUAUUCGGAACUAUUGUUCUGCCCGCCACAUGCGUUUACCUGGCUUACCUCAUCUAUCGUGUCGCCACUGGCACUGGUCAAUUUCCUCUGCUGUCUUUGAUCAUGAUUGCCGUGGUAUAUGGUCUCCAGGCCAUCAUCUUCAUCCUCAAGCGCCAGUGGCAGCACGUUGGCUGGAUGAUCAUCUACAUUCUUGCCUACCCUGUCUACUCGUUCAUUCUUCCCAUCUACUCCUUCUGGAAGCAAGACGAUUUUUCCUGGGGCAACACCCGUGUCGUCAUCGGCGAAAAGGGCAACAAAAAAGUCGUCGCCACGACGGAGGAGGGCUUCGACCCACGCUCCAUCCCUCUCCAGCGUUGGGACGACUACGCCAUGGCCAACAAUCUUCCCGGCCGCCGCGGCAACGCCAACAACGGCACAAGCAUCAUGCACGAAAAAGGCGGCUUCCAAGCCAACUACCACGACGACCCGGGCAUGAUGGAAAUGGACGACAUGCGCAGCACCUUUUCGUCCGUGAAGCCGGCCAGCACCAUCCUCGCCGGCUUCCCGCAACCGGGUAUGCACAGCAACCCAUACAUGGCCCCUCCUCAGUCCCCAAUGCCCUUUGGAAUGAACCCCCGCGCCAGCACCAUGACAGGCCUGACACCCUUCCGCGACCAGCCCAACAGCCUGCACGGCCGCAAUAUGAGCAUGCUCAGCCUGGGCAGCCAGCAACAACUCCCCGGCGGCGUUCCCGCGCCACCUUAUCAGGACAAUCCGCGCAGCCCCUAUGCGUCAGGCAUACCCUACAGCGCAUCGCGUCCCAGUCUUCUCGGCCUCAACACCGACGACCGCCGGGCCUCGACUAUGGAUUUCCGUGCUGGGCCCGGCACCAACGGCCCCACGGACGGCGAACUCGUCGACGCCGUGCGCGCUGUCCUCGGCGAGGUUGACCUGGACAGCGUGACGAAGAAGCAGGUGCGUGCGUUGGUGGAGCAACGCCUGCAGCUGGAGGUCCCCGCGGGGGAGAGGAGACAGUUCUUGGAUCGCGCCAUCGAUAGCGAAUUGGCCAAUAUGUAA